CCAACAAAAGAUGAAGGUGUAUCCACAAGUAGGCCUCUGUCUAAAAAUUGUGAACAUCCAAAGUAAUCUUUGUUUUAGAGUAGAGCCUAGUGUAUAAUUCAGAACACAAUAGACAGGAUAUUAUCAGUCAUCAUAAUGAUGAAUUUUGGUAAAAGAUUCUAACGGAGAUGCAACAUUUCUGGUAUUUAAUGUGAUAGUGUCCAUGUAGCUGACAAAUUUUUAUCUAGUCAUAACGCAGAUAACCUACAGAAUAUCGAUAAUGUUUUUUUAUUAUUGUUAAUGAUUCAACAAUCUUGAAAUCUGAAAUAUUUUUAAUUUUUUUAUCUGAACUAAAGUCAUGAUUAAUAAAAUUUGGAUUGCGGGUCUAGCAAUGCUAUGCAAAAUUAGACAAAUGGCAUUCUGAGUUUCUUAAAAAGUACUAAACCAGACGAGUCUAUUAUGUGAUAAAUUUGCUUUCCGUUAAGUAUAUUUUCAGGUUUCAUGGGUUUGAAUGGGCUGCUGUCUGGCGCCCUCUUCUGGCAGCUUCAGGUAUGAACAAAGUCAUGAACUUUUUCUCCUUAGCAACCGCUCGUGAUCGUAAACAACAAAUGGACCAUAGAUAGGAUUUUCCUCCUUAUUAGAGUUAUAAAAAUGCUGCAGACAGAGAAAAAGAAAAUGAAACAACAAACCGAGGAUGAGGAGGUGCUUAAAAAACUGUGCCUGGUUAAUGGGGUGCCCUAUGAAGAUAUUGCACACAAUGGGAGCAGCAUCACAUCCUUAGAGAUCUUCUUUUCAGGUUUCCCUCGCAUGCUCGGCCUCUGCUGCUUCCCAAAUCUCUGCCAGCUCACCAUCGUGGACCAGAACAUCGAGCGCAUCGAGGGUCUUGAGGGCUGUCCUCUGCUCCAGGAGCUCUGGAUAGUCCAGUGCCGUCUCACAGAAAUAGCUGGACUUCAAAACUGUCAACAACUGGAGAAACUUUACCUGUAUGAUAAUCAGAUCUGUGAGAUCAAAGAUCUGGAAUUGCUGACCAACCUUCAAGUUCUUUGGCUGAAUAAUAACUGCAUAAAUAAGAUAGAGGGCUUGAACACACUUCAGACCCUGAAGGAACUAAACCUUUCUGACAACCGUAUUAAAAAAAUUGGGCACAGCCUUGAGUCCAGCAUCAGCCUUGAGAUUCUCAAUCUCUCUGGGAACAAGAUCAGUUCCUUUAAGGAGCUCACACUGCUCACCCAUUUGUCCAGCCUGAGAGAGUUAGCACUGCAGGACCCCAUGUCAACCCCAAACCCUGUGUGUCUGCUGUGUAAUUAUGCCACACAUGUUCUGUACCACAUGCCGGGCCUGCAGCGACUCGACAGCUAUGACGUCUCUAACAAGCAGUUCAAGGAUGCAGCUGAGUGUGCAGUAACAAAGAAAAUGAUGUACUACAACAUGCGUGUACGCUCAGCUGAGAGAACCCUGGCAGAGACUCGGUUUAUCCUGGCAGAAAGGAAGAAAACUCAGAUGCAGUUACCUGAAGGAUGCAUCAAGACCUUCAGUCAGGCCCUCAGAAGUCUUGAAUGUGAACUCUCCAUGUUGCCGUAUGAUUGCAAGAAGAAGUCUGACUGUCUGUUGGAGGGUAAAUCAGGACCAAAGUACCUCGACGAUGGUAAAACGGAACAAAGUGAGUCAUCCACGCUCGGUUCUGACCCUGUCAUGAAGAACAAAAUACUCCUGAAAGUGGAUGCACUGAAGCAAAGACUGAACACGUGGACAAGGAGGAUGCAUGAGAUUGAAGCAUGGUACAAGAGAGAACUGGUUCAAGCCACAAACCAGACGGAGUACACGGUGCAGUUUCUGUUGAUGGAGCUGGAAAGUGUUGGGAACAUUCGUUUAGAGGAGGGCAUCGCAACAGAUCCUUGGUUUACAUCCUGUUGCAGCCUCCUCCUCUCGCGUUUCUCUCCAUCAGACUACGAAGGCUUCAACAUCGCUGACAUAAAGAUUAAUAGAGUUCUCCGCAUCCACAACAGCGCUUUGAGGCUCCGCUUUGACGACAAACUUCACAGCCUUAUUAAUAGUAAAGAGUCCCCCGCCACGUCACUGAGGAAUUACAGACAGCAGCUGGAUUAUUUAUUUUACAUAGCUGACCCAGAAAGAUGUGAGAAAGAGGAGACUUUGUGCGUUUUAGAGGAGGGCUUCACAACGACACAGCGCCAUGAGACUGUGGACAGAGAGCAUGCAAUACCCAUGUCCAACAACCUAUGUGUAACAGAACAGCUCAGGAUUGAGUAUUUGCUGCAUCAGGCCAGCCAAAGAGAUCAAAGUCCAGACUCAGUCCCUUUCAGGCACGGUCAUGUAAUUGUCUCCAAGGUGUUUGUGGGUAACAGCAAGCCUGUCGGUGAUGGAAACAGCUACCUCAAAGUCUCCUCUGUGUAUUGUGAUGUGGACACCAAGCACAGAUUUUCUUUAAAUGAUGGGAGAUGCUCCUCAGCUAAAACACACCAAAUCUCAGAGAGUAUUCCUCGUCAAAGGCAGUGGUUUGUGUUUGACCAUGAGCUUGUCCUACCAGAGUACAUCAUGUACUUUGAAUACAUAACCGAGGAGGACAAAGACAGAAGUCCUUCCAAAGAGGAAAUCCUGAACGAAGCAGCUCUCCACAUGGAGUCAGCGCUGAAGCCACAGCCUAAACUGUUCAGCUUGAAUGACAAUGUUUUGCUAAGAGCGGCCAGAGCGAAUGUCCUCAGUCAGAUCACUGUGCUCAACCUUCAUGGCAACUGUUUGAGUGAAAUAAAAGAGAUCUGCAGCCUCACAGCUCUGAGACAUCUCACCAUCAGCUGUAACAAGCUCACGCGCCUCGAUGACAUUUCCCACAUGCCCAACCUUGAGGUUUUGGAUGCUAGCUUUAAUGAGAUAACCACUCUGGAAGGGCUGAGGGGGCUUGCACAGCUGAAACAGCUGGAUGUGAGCUGGAAUAGGUUGACCAAACCUAGAGAGGACGCAACUGUGCUGAGGAAACACACACCUGCUUUGCUGAGACUAGACACUCGACACAAUCCCUGGAGCAAGCCUGAGGCAGUCAAGUUAAUCAUAUUAGGCCGCCUCACAACCCUCACCCACCUGGAUGGCGAUCUGGUGACAGAAGAGGAGACCGCUGAAGCUGUUCAGAUGGCUGCAGCAUCCAAAAUUAACCAGACAAUGCUCAUGGCGUGCUCUCACACCAGCAGCAAGCGUCCCCGUAGUUUCAGUUUGCUGUUGACAGCUCAGCUCCUCUCUGGUUUGCGUUCAGCGUCCUGGGGAUCCGGUGGAGAACUGGAGCCAGACUGGGCAGCAAAGAUUACCUCCCUGAAUCUUGACAAUCAGAGGAUUUCUAAGCUUCUGGGUCUGAAUGAGCUGGUGAACUUGCGCUGGGCCUCACUCAAUAACAACCACAUCUCCAAACUUGAGAGUCUUGAUGGUUGCUUGAAGUUGGAGGAGCUUUCCAUAAACAACAACAGCAUCAGCUCUCUCAGUGGUCUGGCAGAGCUGCGGUGCCUGAAUAAACUGAGCAUGGAUGAAAACCAGCUUUCCAGUCUGGACGCCUCAGUCCUUGACAAGCUGCUCAGCUUAACCUUUCUGUCUGUGGAAAACAACCACAUCACAUCCCUGCAAGGCAUCCAGAAAGUUCCCUCUCUGCUUGAACUCUAUGUCGGAGGAAACCAGGUUUCUAAAUCAAGAGACGUCUACUAUCUGAAGGGACUGACAAAUCUCAUCAUUCUGGAUCUAUACAGGAAUCCUAUAGUUGAGAAACUGGAAAACUAUCGGAUCUAUGUGGUUUUCCAUCUACCCUCUCUUAAAGCUCUGGAUGGAACAGCAGUGGAUCUAAGUGAAUGCGAGAGUGCAAAAAAUAUGUUCAGAGGAAGACUAACGAGUGACACAAUAGCGGAGAAGCUCGGCCACUCCAAGUAUGCAGAAGUCGCCUAUCUGUCCCUGCAGUCCUGCUCUAUUAGGAUGGUUGAUCUAUCUCCACCAGAUCUGUUUUGUAACCUACUGAGUAUCAACCUAGAAAGAAACAACCUCACUUCCUUCUCCGGCCUCAUCCACCUGCCUAACGUCAAAGUUCUGUGUUUAAACCACAACCACGUUGAGUCCAUCCUGCCCAGACACAAACCCCAGACUUAUCUGACUAACAGGCAGGUCCUUCACAGCAAAGUCCACUCCAGUGGGUACGGUCAGCAGAGCUCAUCCAGAGGUCACAGGGAGACAGGACCCUCUGGCAGCCUGGAGCCACUGAUGGUGAGCUUGGAGGUGCUUCAUUUGAGUCACAAUAGCAUCUCCAAUAUGGCCAAUCUGCAGCUCAGCAGGCUCACCAAUCUUAAAGCUCUCUUUCUCCAAGACAAUGACAUCAGCCAGGUGGAGGGCUUGGAGGGGCUUCAACAGCUCAGAGAGCUCGUGUUAAACAGAAACCGGAUCAAAACCCUGACUAAGAACUCCUUUGCAGCCCAGAUUGUCUUAUUAGAGCUGCAUCUUGCAGAAAACCGGAUUCGGGAGUUAAAUCAUCUCAAUCCUCUGAUUGAGCUUCGCAAGCUCUUCCUCGACAUGAACAAGCUACAGGACGUGACAGAGCUUGAGAAAUUAGAAGUCCUUCCCUCGCUAACAGAGCUUUCCAUAGUUGGUAACCCGGUUGCGCGGAAUUCUCUCCACAGGCCGGCCGUGGUGCUGCGUCUGAACCAGCUGCAGGUUCUGGAUGGAAUGAUGGUGACUCUGGAGGAACGGACCAGGGCCAAGCUUCUCAAUGAAGAAUCCCUCCAAAAUGUUCAGCUUUAUGGAGCGUCUCUCCCUACCACUGAGAUGAGCCUACAUGGACUACUUCCUGUUUUACCUCACACAUCUACUCUGAGAGGAAUUACUUUAAGUGGGGGGCCACAGAAUUUCAUGCAUGGGCAUGAUUUUGGGUCAGACAAGAAGCAAAGAAACGGCUGUUUUGGUCACAACCAGAACACAGGAAGUAACCUGUCGACCACCGACGCUCGGUUUGAGGGGAACAAAUUCAUCAUCCCCCGUGUCAACCAGGAGCAGGAUAGCAGGUCCCCGCAUGGUGGUCAGCCUCCACACAUGUAGCCGUGAGAGGAGGUGGAGCAUUCAAAAAUCACAUUGAGUUUCAUUUAGUUUUGUUUAAGCUAUGAUAUGUAUCAGUUUAUGUGCAGGUUUACAUUUAGUACAAUCGAAACUAAACUGCUUUCAGUUUGCAGUAAAUUAGACAGCUUGAUGGGGACAUGAGGUCCAUUCCUGUCA